AUGGCUGGAAAACAUUAUGCGAGUGGCGGAAAUGGUGCUAAUAUUCUAUGUCUCCCAAAAGAUCCUGAAUGGAAAAGGUAUGCUAACGGUUUGAACAGUUUAACUUCCAGAAUUUUUGGAUUAGAAAUGGACAUUUUACACAACAACCAGCCAUUUGGAAGUUCGUCGAAUGCAAAAAAUAUGCCAUGCGCGGUUUGCAAAACAUCCGGAAGAUCAGCCGUUCUAGUAGCACAAGCAAGUCAAUCGGGACGAACUGCAACUGAGUAUAUCUGUGCAGAUGAAAAUUUGGAAUCAGUUCCCGGUGGAGAUAGAGAUGAUAACGAGGCUGUUUUGUAUCCAGUUGAAGUUGGGGGCUGCGCUACUUUAAAAUGUCCUCCUUACGAAAAAGGGCGAGAGUUGACGUGCGCCGUCUGCUCACAGUAG